GCUGGGGGCGGAGCUCCUCGAUUGGCGGCGGCGGAGCCAAUGGGGUGGCGGGAAGGGGCCGGGCCGGCUUCUUGGCGGGAAGUGCGGGGCCGCAGCAGAGUUGCCGCAGCCAUGCCCAGCACCCGCGCGCAGAGCCAGGCCGCCAUCGCCUUCCCCUGCUGCAAGAGCGCCCGCUCCCUGGCCCGGCUCCCGGGCAAGAGCCGCGACGCCCCGGCCGGCCCCACUGCCAGCCCCACCGCUGCCGAUGGCCCCACUGCUGCCGACCCCACCGCCCUGCGGCUCGCGCCCUGGCCGAGGAGCCCGGCCCCCCACGCGCCCCCGCCGCCUGCCCAGGCCUUGCCGCUGAGCCCCCUCAAGCGCCUGGGCGACGACAACCUGUGCAACGUGCCGCAGGCGCCGCCCUCCUCCCCCAGCAAGCGGGGCAGGAAGGAGAACGCGGGGCGCCGCUUGCUCUUCGGCGAGCCGCCGGCCCCCGGCUCCCCGGAGAAGCGCGGCGAGCCGGGACCCUCCCCGCGGCGCCAGGGCCAGGAGACCCCCCGGAGCUCGGAGCCCUCCCGGCUCUUCCGGCAGGAAGGCUCCUGCUACCAGCAGGCGAAGCGCGUGCUGCACACCGCCGUCCCGGACCGCCUCCCCGCCCGGGAGAGGGAGACCGGCGUCAUCACGCGGUUCCUGCGCGAGCACGUCGGCGGGGAGAGACCCAGCAGCCUUUACAUCUCGGGAGCCCCCGGAACGGGGAAAACGGCCUGUCUGAGCAGGGUGCUGCAGGACUGCGAGGACGAGCUUGCGAGGAGCACGACCAUCGUGCUGAACUGCAUGGCGCUCAGCAGCUCGCAGGCCAUUUUCCCGGCCGUCGCGGAGCAGCUGGGCCUGCCGGCAGCGGCCGGGGGCGCUGGGAGGGAGGUGGUGAGGAAGCUGGAGAAGCGGCUGACGGCGAAGGGGCCCAUGGUCUUGCUGGUGCUGGACGAGAUGGACCAGCUGGACAGCAAGGGGCAGGACGUGCUCUACACCGUGUUCGAGUGGCCCUGGCUGGCCGGCUCCCGGCUCGUCCUCAUCGGGAUGGCCAACGCCCUGGACCUCACCGAGCGCAGCCUGGCCCGGCUGCAGGCCCGGCCGGGCUGCCGGCCCCAGCUGCUGACCUUCCCGCCCUACACCCGGGAGCAGCUCGCCUCCAUCCUGCAGGAACGCCUGAAGCAGGUGCCCGGCGACCCGGUCCUGGACAGCUCUGCCGUCCAGUUCUGCGCCCGCAAAGUCUCCGCGGUCUCCGGUGACGCCCGCAAGGCCCUGGACGUCUGCAGGCGGGCCGUGGAGCUGGUGGAGCGGGACGUGAGGAGCCAGACCGUCCUCAAGCCGCGGCCUGGCGAUGCGUCGCCGGGCCGCCCCGUGCCGCGGCGCGUGGGGCUGCCGCACGUCGCCCGGGUCAUGGCGGAGGUGUACGGCGAACGCAUGGCCGCGGGCUCCGGCGGCGCCGGCGACUCCUUCCCGCUGCAGCAGAAGAUCCUGGUGUGCUCCCUGCUGCUGCUCGCCCGGCACCGCGGGGCCAGGGAGGUGACGCUGGGCAAGCUCCACGACGCCUACAGCCGCGUGUGCCGGCGGCAGCGGCUGGCGCCCGCCGAGCAGCCCGAGUGCCUGGCCCUCGCCGCCCUCCUGGAGGCCCGCGGCGUCCUCGAGCUGAAGCGCGCCAAGGAAGCCCGGCUGGCCAAGGUUUCCCUGAAGCUGGAGGAGCAGGAGGUGGAGCGGGCGCUGCGGGAUGCCGCCCUGGUGGGGAGCAUCCUGGCGCAGGGGCUGCCGUAGCCCCCGCCGCGCCGCCCCCCAGGUCCCCCCGUGGAUGAGUUUUUGGGUGAAUUUUCGGGUGAAUUUUUGGGUGAAUUGGGCUCGGUUGCAGUUGCGCUGCGCUGCUGUUGUGUUUUUAAUUGCAUGUUCGUUUUUGGUCGUGCCGCGGCCCGGGAGCAAGCGGACGUGGCCGGAGGACCCGCACCGCGUUCGGGAGGCGCCUCCGGGCCCUCGCCGGGCUGGUGCCGCGCCUCGCCGUGAUCCUGCGUGUGUGUAUAUAUAUAUUUUUAUUAUUAUUUUUGCACAGCGGGAGAUCAAAGCGGGAGGCUGGCGCCGGGCGCGAGCCCGUGCGCGGCGCGGGGGCGGAAACGCGACGGCUGCUGCCGCGCUCGCGGCCCCCUUUGAAGCCGGGCGGUUCCCGGGGAGGGGGGGCCGCGGGGAGCCCCGGGGGGGCCGCGGCGCUCGCCGGCCUCCCACCCCCCCCCCGGACGCUUGCGGCGUGGGGGGAGCGGCGGGGAACGGCCCUUUUUCUCUCCCGCAUGGCAAUAAAGCUGCUCUGGUUUGGAAA